UGUCAGCCCAGAGGUCAGUCUGUUAAGGCGCCCGCGACUCUUAGUUGGUGUGCGUCGCGUACAUUACCUCCCCACCUGUAAGACUUAAGUUAGAAUUAGGCUCAAUAUGAAGAUUUUUCAUGGGAGAUCUGUGAUACUGUGCUUGUUGUUGUUGCUGCUGCCGCACGUACCCGGGGAUAUCACCUUUGAUAAAUACCGAAGAGCCCUGCACGUCGAGCAGAAGACAGUUAGCGGGGUAUUUAGUCUCUUUACAGAGGCUGGAUGGUUGAGAUGUUCUUCCAUGUGUAGCAAGAAUGGGUGUGUGUCGUGGUCCCUGGACAAAACUACUCGGGAGUGUCGGGUAUACUCCAUGCUCCAUCCUUCACUUUCAACCCCAUCUCCCUCCCUCAACACCUACUUUCCCGUGGGCUCAAAUUCCGCCAGACUCGCUUUCAGAUCCCAGAGCAGUGCUGGCUGGACCUGGAACGAUGCCUUAGCAGCCUGUGAGUCUGUAGGAGUUACUCUGGCUUACAUAUCCGAUCGGAUCGAGGGACAGACGUUGAUAACUAAAUAUGGGGUUAAAGCUCUCUACAUCGGCCUCCACCAGGAAGGUGAUGAGGAGGUGGACUGGCACGACAUGUACGGCAACUUAGUGCAGAACCCUGACUGGAGGAGUGACCAACCUAACGAUCCUGACGACACCCAGGACUGUGGUAUCCUCUUCGAUGACGGAGUCCAGGACAAGCGUUGCACUGAGGUCUUCGACGCCGUAGGCAUCUGCACCAGCGCCACACCCUAACUUAUACAGUACUCUGAUCCAACCCAUGACCAAUGCAUCCAUGAGCCACUCACUAAUGAGCCAUGCGCUGGUGAGCCACGUACCUAUGAUCCACUCACUGAUGAUCCGUCCUACGUCAUGUACGGAUCCAAACCACGAUUCACAUUAACAUCACCUACAAAAUAUAAUUACACCUGUGAUCCAGACUGUAACCGUAUUACCACCUGAAUUGUAGAUAUGCAUACCUGCUACUCAUAAAGCUGGAAUGAAAUUAUCAUAACAGUGACAAAUCAUCCUGAUGAGAAGGACAAGAGAGUCAGAGACCAGCCACGGGUACUGAUUUGACUGCAGCUUACCGUACUGUCAGGGUGGAAUCUGUUUAUAAACAUUGAAAAUGGCAAAUGCUGAAAUGGAAACCAAGUUUUUUCACAAUGAGUUGAUAGACACACGUAUCGCAUCUGUUUUGGAACUAUAGCUGGAAAAGAAAGACACUGACACUCACAGACAGACACGUCAUCAAUAGAAAUACUAAGGUGCUCAACCUUGGAACCCAUGUAAUAUGCGUGUGAUUAAAGUUUGAGGGCCCAGAUUCACUAACCACUUACGGUCCCCGUAAGUCCCCACGAUCACCCUUAAGGCUGAACAGGUGAUUCAAUAACAAUUUAUGGUGACCGUAACCCAACUUAUCGUACAUCAAAAUUUACGGUGGUCACAGAGCAUCCUUAAGCUUCCUCAAGGCGGAAAGAAGG